AUGUCUAAAUUUGAUAUCGAACAAACGUUAGGCAAACUAACCAGAGAUGAAAAAAUCUCUUUGCUAUCAGCCGUUGACUUUUGGCACACAAAGGAGAUUGAACGUCUGGGGAUUCCGUCAGUGAGGGUUUCUGAUGGUCCCAAUGGUAUCAGAGGUACUAGGUUUUUCGACUCAGUUCCUUCAGGCUGUUUUCCUAACGGAACCGGUCUAGCUUCCACAUUUGAUGAGGAACUGUUGAAAGAGGCAGGUAAAUUGAUGGGUAAGGAAGCCGUCGCCAAGAAUGCUGCUGUGAUUUUGGGACCCACGGCUAACAUGCAACGUGGUCCUUUGGGUGGUCGUGGCUUUGAAUCAUUUUCUGAAGAUCCAUAUUUAGCUGGUGUUGCUACUGCUUCGGUUGUUCAAGGAAUCCAAUCUGAGGGUAUUGCUGCUACGGUAAAGCACUUUGUCUGUAAUGAUCUAGAAGAUCAACGUUUCUCUUCGAAUGCCACGCUCUCUGAGAGAGCGUUGCGAGAAAUAUACUUAGAACCUUUCAGAUUGGCAGUCAAGAAUGCUGAUCCUGUUUGUUUAAUGUCCGCUUACAAUAAGGUGAACGGCGAACAUUGUUCUCAGAACAAAAAAUUGUUAUUGGACAUUCUUAGAAAAGAAUGGAAUUGGGAUGGUAUGAUUAUGUCUGAUUGGUUUGGUACUUACACCACUGCUGCUUCUAUCAAGAAUGGUCUGGAUAUUGAGUUCCCAGGUCCAACGAGAUGGAGAACUAAUGAACUUGUUUCACAUUCUCUAAAUUCCAGGGAACAAAUUUCUAUUUAUGACGUUGACGACCGUGUUAGACAAGUUUUGAAAAUGAUUAAGUUUGUUCUUGACAACCAGGAAAAGACGGGGAUUGUUCAAAAUGGUCCAGAAACCACAUCUAACAAUAGUAAAGAGACCUCUGAAUUGCUUAGAAAGAUAGCUGCGGAUUCCAUUGUCUUGUUGAAGAACGAGAAUUCGAUUCUACCUUUGAAAAAAGAAGAAUCAGUCGUCGUUAUUGGUCCAAACGCCAAAGCAAAGGCUUCUUCUGGAGGUGGUUCUGCAUCUAUGAACUCUUACUAUGUUAUUUCACCUUACGAAGGGAUCGUCAAGAAAGUGGGCAAGGAAGUACCAUAUACAAUUGGGGCAGAGUCUCAUAAGACCUUAUCUAAUUUAAUUGAGCAACUGGUAGUUGAUCCUUCAAAACCAGCAGAAGGAGAUAAUGCAGGUGCUACCGGUUUCUUUUACAGUGAGCCAGUUGAAAAGAGAGCAAAGGAUGAAUCUCCAUUUCAUGUUGCUGCUUUUAAGCAUUCUUUCAACUUACUUUUCGAUUUCAAACAUGAUAAAAUUGACACGAAUAACCCAUUAUUUUACAUCACACUUGAAGGUUACUUCACUCCUGAGGAAGAUGCUAACUACAUAUUUGGUUUGCAGGUUUACGGUACUGGUCUAUUGUACUUGGAUGAAGAAUUAUUGAUUGAUCAGAAGAAAGGUCAAACCCGUGGUGGAUUCUGUUUCGGUGCUGGUACCAAUGAAAAGACUAAGACUGUUACUCUACAAAAGGGUAAAUCGUAUAAAGUCAGAAUCGAAUAUGGCUCUGGCCCAACUAGCCAACUGGUAAGUGAAUUCGGAGCUGGUGCUCUCCAGGUUGGUGUUGCAAAGGCUAUUGAUGCAGAUGAGGAAAUCAAGAAGGCAGCAAAACUUGCUGCGGGUCACGAUAAAGCCAUUUUAUGUAUUGGUUUGAACGCAGAAUGGGAAUCUGAAGGUCAUGAUAGGGAAGAUAUGACUUUGCCAGGAAGAACAAACGAUCUCGUCCGUGCUGUUUUGGAGGCCAAUCCUAACACUGUAAUUGUCAACCAGUCUGGUACUCCUGUCGAGUUCCCAUGA